AUGUCAAAUCCUAAAUAAGUCAUAACAAUAAAAAGAGGAAGUACUCCUUCUUCAAAUUAGAAACCUAGUCCAUAAAUAAAUAUGUCCAGAAAGAUAGUGGACGCAAACCCUUCAUCCCAAAUUAAAAAAAUCACAACAAACACGAGGACAAAUACAAUUGAUGAAUAAUUUAAAUAAAUUGCUAAACAAGGUAAUCCUCAUACUGAGAAACCUUUUAUUUAACAGGUUCCUACAUCAAACGGAGCAAUUUUUGAGAAUUAAAUAAACAAAAUGCCAAUUAUGAACUAAAUAAACACUCAACAUACAUAGAAUUCUCCUUUAUUUUUAACUAAGUAACAAUCGAACUCAGCCAAUUACUAACCUUUUGGAGUUUCUGAAUAUGAUAAAAUGAUGGGUAAUUAUGGAUUUCCUUAAGCUCAGUAUACCAAAAAGUAGGAAUUAAGAAAAGAAGACAUUGUUAGCACAGAUGUGUAUAAAGAACUAUUAUCGAAAUAUGAAUCUAUUGCUGAUAAAUAUUAAGAACUGAAAAAUACAUAUCAAGAAUUAUAGGAGUCUCAUAGCGAAUAAAUAAAAAAGCUCAGAUUAGAUAAUCACAAAUUUCUCUAAGAAAAUAUUCUACUCAAGAGGAAAAAUUAAGAGCUUGUCAAGCAAAACAAAUAGUUGAAAGAAUAAAUUGUUGUUGCCUAAAAUGAGGAGAGAAAAGAUAACCAUGAAUAACUAUUAGAAAUGAUGUAUGCUAUCAGAUUACAUCAGCAAGAAGAAUAAAUGCUUUAAAUGGCUAUUCAGUAAUCUGCUGAGGAAUUUUAAAAUGAUCCUAAUUUUGUUAACGUAGACAAUAUGACAUACGAAGAAAUGUUAGAACUUGAAGAAAAGAAUGGGAAAGUUUCAAGAGGAUUACCUCAAGAGAUUAUUUAAUAAAUUCCAUCUGUUAACUUCAACUCAAGGCUUAAAAUUAUUUCAGAAAAAUGUACAAUAUGCAUUAGUGAAUUCGAAUAUGGAGAAAAGUUGAAAUAAUUACCAUGCAAGCAUAUUUACCAUCCUGAAUGUGUGGACAACUGGUUAAAAUAAGAAAAAAAGUGUCCAGUAUGCAAGGGAGAAAUAAACUAUAACUGA